AUGACUGCUCAAAAGCCAUGCUUUCCUUCUAUUGCCACUACCAUUUCUGCAUUAGGUAUUAUUUUGUACUGCGUUGGGUUUUUAAGAGUCGAAUUGGAGCUGAAGAAUCAGAGGGAGAGAUUGCAUGCACUUGAAAACAUCCCGGAGACAGAGCCGCCAUCAAGCGAUCAAAACAUCGCCAAGUUCAUCAAGGUUGCUCGUGGUACGUAUUUUUCAACGUGUUCUAAUACUGUUUUGAAUUUCAUGCCGUCUGAAAUCGUUCUUCCCAUCCCUUUAAGAACAUUUCAGGGUACGCAAUUGCGCUCGACAUUAUCACCAGCGAUGCAGUAAAUCCGUCAAAGAAUAUGACAGAAAUGACUUCUUCUGUUUGUCAGAGGCAAACAAAUUAAGUAGGUCAUUCUGUGGGUCUCUAAACACGGUGCAUUUAUAUAAAGGGGAAGAACUUUUUGUUGCCUUAACUAAACCAGCAUUUCAAAGAGAAGACUUCUCAAAGCCAUUACGCUUCUUUUUCUACCAAACCAUCUCAACAUUAGCUAUCGUUUUAUAUUGCGCUGGGUUUCAAAGAGAGUUGAACAAUCACGAGAAGAGAUUUAAUAUUUAACAAGAUGCCCUUCGACCGUCGCGGAAAAUAUUAUUUGUUUCCACAUGAAGUCACAAAAUCAAAAAUAAAGCAUCGAUCCUCCUGAGUUUUUAAUUUCAUGAAGAUUAGAGCAGCUGAAAACUUACAAUUUUACAAAUUUUCCUUUCGAAAGGUUUCUUCGUUCUUUGCUAGAGUACGCUUAAAUUUCCAAACUUUUGCGUGACACGGUAUUUACGUGGCGGCCAAUGCAAGACAGCUCACUGUCAGCUGUCAUGUAAGUUGAAAUGGUGAAUUACUUUGGAGGAUUUUGCGAUCCGAACACUAAUUGUAUUAUAGGUAAGUAUUGUUUUGAAGUUUAUGAGUCGGUGACAGAUGUUUCUGUUGGGUUUGCGGCCGCCAUGUUGGUGCUCCUCAGAGGGACAAAGCUUUAUAAAUUUAGGUAAGACAUUUCUCUGAAAAUCUCGUAUAUGAAAAAUUGAGCCGACCAUAUUCCAUCCUCGGAUUGGUGCCAGAAAAAAUCAGAAUUCAGAACGGCGGCGACUGUGUGGAACUUGUCUGGUAAGACAUUGUCCCCAGGGGCUCUUCUCGCCGUUCUUUACUUUUCUUCGUGCCAUAUUUUUCUAGCCUGAAUUUCAUCCGAUUACUUCGAGUCGUUAUUACUCCCUCAGUAACGUCUGAAUCGACCGGCCGUUAAUGCCGUCCAGUGACGUCACUACUCCUUGACCUUUGCUUUAAUUCAUGCAAAAAGUACAACACGAUUUUCAAGUGGCAAACCGAGAAAUAUCGUUUGUAAAUGUCUGCAUGAUACAGAAAUGCAUUAUUUUCAAUCGUAAUUCAUGUUUAACGUUCAAACUAUCAACUGCAUGCAGUACAACUCUGAACCGGUUGUACUAAAUUCUAUAACAAACUCGGUCGCAAUCACGCAAUAAAAUAAACACACACACGGAACACUUAGUUCAAAAACACAAUGAAUCGCUUUAACUGAAAAGAAGCUAUUUGGUCCCUAACGAAGAAAAAAAAACAAGGAGACAAAGACAUAAAAGCUAAGAGAAUCAUUACACUUGACGGUAAAAAUAGCAAGAAGGUCGAAUUAUAACAUUGAUCUCAGAAAACUUCGCGUAAACAAAAUCACUGGCCGCCGAAAUCACAAAGCGGCUCUAAAUGAAAAACCUACCGACUCUCCGCGAUGAUUCUUCAUUCGCAGUUCAAUUUAGCAUUUCAGUUUCGAAGACAAGGGCAAUUUUGCUGUUUAAGAUAAAGAUUAAGCUUAUCGAAAUGUUUGAACUAAACGAAAGAAUACCAGGGAUGCUAUCCGCUGAAUAUCAAGCGACAAUCCCGCUAAAAUUUUUCAUAAUUAUACAUAAUUAUGCAAAUAUUUAGGCAAUCAACCAAUCAAAAUCACUACCCGGUUUUCGGGUAGUGAGUGACGUCACUGGACGGCAUUAACGGCCGGUCGAUUCAGACGUUGUUGAGAGGAGAAAACGACUCGAAGCAAUCGGAUGAAUUUCAGGCUAAUAUUUUUCCGCCCGUUUAGACUUUCCCUUGCCCCCACUCUCUGCCCCUGGGUCUCCGAUGAUGACCAUAUUCUUGACGAUUUACCUUCUUUUAUUUGCCAGAUUCUGGACAUAAUCUUCUAUCAAAAGUGCUAGCAGUAUAUAUUCUUUUGCCACAACCCAAAAUUACAAUCAUGGUGUAGAAAGUAGUUCUUUCAAAAUAAACAUUCACAAGGGAAUUUGAGCAAUCAGGAUAAUAAUGUAAACAGAAACUUUUGGAUCGCCAAAUAAAUACCAAAACUAUCUAAACAGAAUAAACCUUGUCUGCUCCCAUAUGGCAAGCAAAACCAAACGUCGACGUGCUUGAGCCCCUUUCUUUACGCAGGAAGCUAAAAUAAUUAAUACCGCGUCUUCCUUUCAUACAACAGAAGGCUAAUCUCACAUAAGGCGAGAAAUGUUUUAUUGCUUCAACUGUACAACUCUAUAUUCCCCCCCGGGGGGGGGGGGUACUUGGGUUAAUUUUUUGCUGGGUAUGUGCUGCUGGCCUCUCGUGACCCCUACCCCAUCACUGUCUAUUCUGUGGCCAUAUAACAGGCCCCAUCUUAUAGACACUUUAGGAAAAAGUCAUUUUCGCAAUCCCAACUUGGUCAGUUUCUGUUUAUCGAUCUACCUUAUAAUGCCAAUAACUUCGCGUAACAUGGUCAUCCUGAAAUUAACUGACACAUUUUUGAACUUAAUGUGGUGUAAAUUUUUCUAUUUUUAAAUCCCUACAUACCUGAAUUUUCUGACCCCAAAAUCCUGAAAAUGUACGACCCCAGUCUAGUGCCUCUUACAAAAAUGCAACCCCAAAAUAGUCAAUCCAGUCGUGAAAAUCCAGCGGCACAUCCCCAUUAGCCUAACAGUAGGAAGUACCGCCCCCCCCCCCCCCUCCUCCAAAGGUAUAUUUCGAACAAUCGACUGAAAAUUGGGAUGAUUCGUGUGGUUCAGUAUUUUGAAAUUUUUGCUUUCCCUAUAGCAUAAUAUCAAAACAUUCUUUGCCUCAGUUUUGAUCGUCAAUCGUUGUUUUAAAAUAAAAAAGAACGUGUAAUAGAACGGAAGAGCGGAAUCGAGCAAGACCAAGAAAUUGCAUGCGUAAUUGCCAUAAGGAUAUCUAUCACUGUCGAGGCGAUCUCCCUCAGGCUUCCCACUUAGUAAUAGCCCUGAGUUAGCUAGAAGGAUCAAUUUUUGUUUAGUUUAUUAUGAAUAGUUAAAACGUCGUUUACUUCCUCCUUUCUGCCUUUACUCUAAAAAGUUUUUUUUUUCUUUAUUUUCUUGGUACAGUUGAAUAUAGGGAAUUUUACAGCAAUAUGAUCAUAGCCACCUCCCGAGUUGAGGGUUGCAGUAGAGUGUCAGUUUAACAAGUCAAUGCAAAAGGAAAACAAAGCAGCAGAAAAAUAGCUGGCUUAAGGAGAAAAAAAUUUGAAGUGUCAGCAAUGUAUACCUUAUUAUAGGAAAUUAACACUUCGUGAAAUUAUAACUAACUUCAAAAAUUCGCGUUGAUAUAAGUCGCGUUAAUUUUUGUAAACUUUUAAUUUCGGAGCAUUAACAACGUAGCGCGUGAAUGACGUCAAAGUAACUAAUUUGCAAGUUUUGCCUGAGUUUUGUCAUUUUAAUGACAAAAGUCAGACAAAAGUGAGGAAUUCGUUAAUGUUAAUUUCAGUUUGUUUAUCUGAGUUUCGGGUCUAUCAAAAGUAACUACGCACAGCGCUAUUAAGUGGAGCGUUAAUUUCCGCGACCUUAAUUUCCAUUAUUCUGACCUCAAGUUCUCAAUACACUUUCGACAUUCUUGACACCAAGGGGAGGGGCAAUUUAAGGGUGGUAAGAUCAGCCAGGACCAUUGAAACUAUGAAGAACCGUUGAAGUGGCCAGAUUUCUUCGCAUGACCCCCUUCGUACGUUUAGGGAAAGUACCACGAACAAAGUUUCCGUUUCAGAUUAUAAACAAUAAUUUGAUGAGGUUUUUGUGAUAUCCAGAAUAAUCAAGGUCGAGGUAGGAGUUAUCGGCUGAGGCUGAUAACCCUUACUGAGACCUUGAUUAUUCUGGAUAUCACAAAAACUGAAUCUAGUAAUUGCUUUAUUAUACAUUGAAAGAUUUCUUUCUUUCUCGUUUCGACAUAAAAUGUAUGUUUUCAAAGUUUGGUCAACUCUUUCUUUUCCUCAGGUUCCUCAGUUUUUUCUCUUUCACGUAAUCAGCAAACAGCUCCUUAGCCACCUUUUUGCGUUUUGUGUGUCCUUGUCUUCAACUAUUUUUUCGAUGACCUGCUCGGUCAAUGAAGCAAACCUAGAAGUUAUGUUUUUGCUUCUUCACAGACGGCAAGCAACACAAAGCGCGCGAACUUGACAUGAUUACCCUUAGAAAUCAUGCACCGCGGUCAUACAUGACAUGAUUAACCGUGACCUUGAAUGUCCUUGACAUGAUUAUUGUAUAAUCUGCAGCUAGAUGACGUCCCAGGUGCUGAUUUCGAAAAUUCACUGUACGCUUUCGGCCAAUCAGAAAAGAGAUAGUGAGUUCAAUGUAUAAUAAUACGUUUAACUUUGAUUCAACAAGUUUUGUUUCUUUGUGGACACCGCGCUAAUUUUUGUAUCUUCAUUUUGGACUGUUACCCCUCUCCUCCUUUAUUCGAAAGUCGUUUUACAUUAAUCUCGCAUUAAUUAAAGUCGUGUUUAUUUCCAAUACCUUAAUUUUAUGGAGCGUUAAUUUCCUAUAAGGCAGGUAUGCUCAAUCUAUGUUUGUUACUUACCUUUUCAUUGAGAGACAUUGUUUUGAGUUCCCAUUUCGCUGAUUUACGUUCUAUGCACGCAACGCAACUAAACAAGUUAUGAUUUUCUUGUUUUAUUAUCUUUUAAAAGACUUUGACUCCUAUCAACAUGGUAGGGGGAGGCGUCAGGCAAAUUUGGCCAAUACCACUAGGAAAGAUACAGCCACAGUAGAUGUGAUGAGUAAAAUCAACAAACUGCUAACAGAAGGGAGACUGCAGCUCUGUCAAUCAAAGGGUGACAAUUGUCUGUCAGGUUCCCCAGGCCCUCCCGGUCCACCUGGUCAGAGAGGAGAGAAGGGAGACCGAGGACGAAAAGGGAAGAGAGGAGCACACGGAAACAAAGGAGAUAGAGGUAUUAUGGGAGCACCAGGUAAGAGCGGCAAGCAGGGAAUCAUGGGAACUGUAGGACCAAAAGGCGAUCCUGCACUCAAAGGCCAAAAAGGAGACACAGGGUCCGCUGGAAUGCCGGGAACCAAAGGAGAGCCUGGUGAAUCGAUUUCAGCUCCUGUUGUUGCUGUUUCACCGACAAACCUGACAGUAAACGAAAGUGAAACAGCUUCAUUUCAGUGUUCAGUCAGCGGUAAUCCUGAGCCUGCAGUAGUGUGGAGUAAAAGGGGUAACCUUUCCGAAGUAAACACGUCAGCGGUUUCGAGAGGGAGAUUGCUAUUAAAGAAUGUAAAAGCAAGACACUCUGGAGAAUACCAGUGCUCGGCAACAAACAUCCUGGGACAUGCGCAAACACUAGUGCAGCUUGUUGUAAAUGGUGAGCCGUUUGUGAAACAUUAAGCGCCUACCAUUUGUAUAAAAAAAACGAUAAUUCCGGUGAGAUUUCGGAUGUGGUAAUUGUUUUCAGAAAAAAGGACGGUACCAGUAUCGGGUUAUUUUCCUCUUGUGAUAAAGUAAAAAAUUUAGUGGAGGGGUAUUUCGUUAAUGAAUGUACACUUCCAUCCCAUUCCUUUUUUCGCGUUUUUAAAUCGAGAUUUUAUAUUUUAUUGUUACAUAAUUUCCUCGAAUCAAACAGUAAAGCCUGAGUUAGUAAUAAAAAACAGCUUGCUAAAGUAAACAGCACUAGUAACACGACUUGCAACGUUAACUUGGAACAUAAAAAGUUUAUAGGCGAAUAAUUUAUCAGUUAGUGACACAAGCUAUUAGGAAAUAAAAAAUCCUGGUUUUCCCAAGAGGAGUCGAAACUGUAACUCCAAAUGUAAGUCUAGAUGUUCUAUUACUAAGCAUCGUCGUCUCAGAAAAAUUGAGGAAAGGUGCGCCCUUUAGUAGUCCUUCUAAAUUUGACCUUCAGAAUUAUUUCAUUCUGUUUUGUUUGUGUGUGUACCUAUUCAUAUUUAUUAGACUUUUAUUGGUUAUCACAUAAUAUAAUUUGGCCUAAUGUUUAUUAGUUGGCACCUAUUAUUUAACAAUUAAUGAAUGAGGCUGAGUAUCCUCCGAGAUCUCCAUAAUUCUUCAUAUGAUACGAUAGCCGAAUUCAAUAAAUGUUUUAUUACUCCUUCAAAAUAAUUUCUAGUUUAAAAACAUGCUUACCUCCAUCGAUCCAUCGAUGUUAAGUUCAUCUUCGAUAGUGCACGUUUAGGGUUGUUCAGCUCCGCAAAUAUUCUCUAAAUAACAGAUGUCGCCCUUCGAGUUGUCCUCUUGCUGUUCUUGCCAUAUUUUUAGCUAUUUUUUCGCCUAGUUCUUACUCUUGAAACGAGUGAAAUGUCCGCCAUUUUUCAAGUUCACAACCAAAACAACUCAACCUCGUCCCCAGCCUGCAAGAACGCUGCCUUUUUUACGUCGUUUCCUCGCUAAACACAAAAUUCUUCCAAAUUUGGCCAUCAGUAACUGGUUACGGUGAAUUAAACGUGCGCUUUUAGCCAAUCAAAAUGGAGGAAAUAUUUUGAAUGAAUACUAAUAUGUUUUAUUAGUUGGCAUUCAAAGUAUUUUAUCCUUGUUUUAAAUUUUAUUUUUUGUUUGUUUGUUUGUUUUUUAACACAUUACAACAGAUUGAACGACAAUGAUGUGAACUGCGGAAAUACACAUUUAAAUUAAGAUAUGAUCACCACAGUGGUAAUUGCAAUUUAAGCUAUUGCAAAUUUACUCGAAAAAAAAAUGCGGGACUUCAACGAUACUUAAAAAAGAGUAAAAUAAAUAUCAAACUAAGGAUAAAAUUGAGAGGCAACAAUGACAUGUUGAUUUUGUUUUAUUUCUGCAGUUCCUCCUCGAGUUUCUCUUCAUCCAGGGCCUCAUUACGCCAUUGAAGGCAGCAAUUUCACUUUUCCAACAUGUCACGUGACUGGUUAUCCGACACCAGAGGUCAUUUGGAGAAGGGUAACAGGGCAGUUACCACGGGAAAGGGUGAAAUACAAUAACAGUAAUUUGCAGCUUUUAAAUGCUAGAAAAAUAGAUUCUGACGUGUAUCUUUGUUCAGCAACAAACCUGCUUGGAGGUUUUAAAAAGAAAACACUUGUGGUCAUCGUUUCUCAUCCUCGAUUUACUGUUAAGCCACCUGUGAGCAUAUUUGCAGCGCUUGGAGACACUUUGACGCUUAAUUGUAGCGCAACUGGUGAUCCUCAACCAGUUAUUAGCUGGAGGAAACAAGGAGGUCAUUUGCCAGUUGGAAGGAGCCAGCAGCUUACUGGUGCGUUAGUGAUUAGAGAGAUUAAAGAGAACGACACAGGUCAUUAUAUUUGUACCGCAACCAGCGCAGGAGUGUUUAACGUGGAAACUGUGACGACCAUUAAAUUUUAUCCAAGAGGUCAGUUUUAACUACUGUCUAAUAUAUAGAUUUAGCCAGGGCUAAAAGCGAAGCUCUCAAUAAUAUUUAUUGUUUGUUCAAACAAAAUACAAAAUCGUGUAAUGCUGCGAUAGCAACGCCGGAGAACGGUGGAAAAAAAACAAUACGUUUAAUUAGCAAAAAGCAACUUUGCACGCGCGGCACACCUUUUUUUGUACAUUUCUUAGCCGUUUUGCACGACUACAACUUGAAACUUCCAGAAACAUCCCAGUUACACUUUUCAUGUAGGAAAUGUCGUACGUGUUCUCGUUCACUUUUCCUUCACUGCCGCUCAUUUUCACAUUGCAUUGGUGGCCUCUAGCAUUUCUCAUUUUCUCACCGCCACUAAAAAAUUUUUAUGUUGUUCUUCCAACAAAAAAAUAUCUCCUUUGUGUUUUUGUCUCUCGCUCUAGAUCUCUCUUGCCAUUUUUCUUGUUGAGCUUUGCUGGCCUGCUGCCUACUUUCUCUUUUUCUCUGUCUCUCUUGCUCUAUAUUCCAAAUUUGUGGACAUGACGCUAAAUUAAUCUUAGCUGAUAGACAACGCGGAUAGAGAAACAAUUUCCGCUUUCCGUUUUCGUCUUUAUUGACUCUUUAGUUGUCUCUGCUUUACAAGACUCGGGUGGCUAUGCCUGCCCAUUUCCCUCCAAAAUAACCUCGAGUUGCAUUUGGGUUGUCAUACCUGUUGAUGGAGUUAUUUUACAUUGUUAUGCCUGUGGUGCGGACGGAAGGUCGGACGUAUGGUCACUUGAUUACCAAAAUUUCUCGGAUGGGUGGAUAACCAAAUUUUCUUACCUACGGUGCUUCGCUGCGCUCGCUUUGCGCGCGAAAGAUCUCCGCUAUAAGCUCCUCUACUGACAUCUGAUCAUUUUGAAUGACAGACAACUUAGGCAUCAAAUCUGUGAAUAUAACUAAGGCACUGAUGAACAUUGUACUCGAUUGGACUUUUUGCCUUUAUCAGACUGUUUAUUUUGUAAUUUAAGGAUGUUUUAAAAUUGUCUUCCCGAAAUUCAGGUUGGGGUGCAUACUGUCAGUCCUAAGUAAAGAGAAAAGUAGUGGAUCCUGGGCAAAGGUAGAGAAAUGUUUUUGUAUCUUAAAAAUGUUAUUUGAUUAACGCUUUUCAUUCUAAUCUAGGUCAGGACUGCUUACUACUGCUAAAGACAGGCCAUACUAAGAGUGGAUUGUACUCUGUGAACCCAGACGGCAAAGGAUUCUUCACUGUUUACUGUGACAUGCGCACUGAUGGUGGAGGAUGGACUGUGUUCCAGAGAAGACAAGAUGGUUCUGUAGACUUCUAUCGCGGAUGGAACGAUUACAAAUCAGGCUUUGGUCAGCUGACGGCUGAGUUCUGGUUAGGAAACGACAAGAUCCACAGGCUGACGGCUGCUAGACCCAGUUCUUUACGAGUAGAACUAGAGGACUGGAACGGAGUAAGAGUGUAUGCCAAAUAUGGCAAGUUUAACAUUGGUGAUGAGCAGGCGAAGUAUCGACUCAAGGUGGGUUCAUAUUCAGGGACGGCGGGAGAUUCGUUAACAGGUCAUCACAAUAACAUAGCGUUUAGCACAAAAGAUAGAGAUAAUGACAAUGACGGAAGUAGGAGCUGCGCUGUGGCAUGUACUGGUGCCUGGUGGUACAACGUCUGCCAGCACUCCAAUCUAAACGGAAGAUACUUGGGGAAACAACGUAACUGGCAAGGACUUCGCUGGUUUUAUUUUAGAAAUAACCUUUCACUCAAAUUCACUGAAAUGAAACUGAGGCCGUCAUCUUAA